AUGAGCUGUAAUAACUCGAUUUGUCCUACCGUAUUCAUUCGAUCGGUGGAUCGGCAUAUCAUAGACGAGGACCUCAGCCCCAAUAGUUGGUCUGAGCAACAGCUAAAUAUACUAAAAGGUAUAGUUAAACAUAUUAGUCCGAAAGAUCAUCAAUUCAGCGUGAGUUUCAAUUUCACAGACCUCAGUAAGUCGUGGCAAAUAAGCAAGGAUCGCAUUUAUGCAAAGAUUAUUGAGCUAUAUUACAUACGACAUGCUUCACCAAAUCAGUUGGAUGUUGAAGAUUCCAGUAGCAAGGAAAAGCAAAUUUGGUUCGAGCUAUCAACUGACAAAGACUGUGAAAAAUAUCAUCCUGUUCAUGAGUUGGAGCUGUUAAAAAUCAACCCAAUAAUUUCGGACCACAGCGACACAGCAGGACUCCAGUAUAGACAACCCUUCUCUUCGGGGCAGAAUCCUUCUCUGGAUGUUGGCUCAACGAGAAUAGCUCCAUUGGAUGCAGACAAUUCAAACUCUAGUUCAAGCGAUGAAAGUGAUACAAACAUGGCGGCAACUUCAGCUUAUCUCUAUCGAUCGAAAUUCAUACAGCGUGAAAUUCCAAAUCAAAUUGGCCCACCUGAUUACGAAUUGGAACAGGAAAUCAAUAACAAUGACUAUUUAUUGGCGGGAACAACCGAGAGCUUAUCAAAAUCACUAUUAGAGCAAGAGCUCUUAGAUCGUAUUUGA